GGUCAAUUCGCCCGCUACUUCCAGCAAACAGCACGCACUAGCUCUCGCUCGUUCGGCCGGGAAGACAAUGACCGUCGCCAAGAAUCUCUCUGAAUCCGCGACGCCGACGUGAGUGCUUUUGUUUGUUCUCUUUUACUAUUAUAAUCUUCUGGAACUGGAAAGAGGCGUGCGGUGCGUGCCACCGUACCUUUUGCUAUUAUUUGGUUGGCUGAUCGAUUGGUCGGGAGCAAGCGCUCCCUCGUCCGCUCCUCGGCUCCUCCUCUCUCCGGAGUCCGGAUCGCCAUGGACCUGCCCAACGGUCGACACGGCGCCGGCGCCGGCGCCGAGGAGACGACGGUGGUGAGGAUGAAGAAGAAGCAGGUGGUGCUGGUGCGGGAGGCCAUCCACGGCCUCCUGGAGGAGAAGACGAGGAGCGGCCAGGGCUUGGCGUCCAGGCAGCAGCUGCAGGAGGAGGAACAAGGCCUCCUCUCCUCGUUGCUCACCAAGCUGGAUGCGCUGGAAGGAGAUCCAGAUUCGGGCGGCGUUUCCGAACCACACUCCCCGCACCCUGAUCACCAGCCAGGGAAAGGCGAGAGCGGCGGCGAGGAGGUGGGGCUCGCCGACGUCGCCAAGGACCUGCGCAAGAUCAAGCGGCAGAACACGGUCACCCACCUGCUGCUCGGCGUCGUCAUCGUCCUCACCGCCGUGUGGCAGGUCAACGAGGUGUCGUUCCUGCUCUGGGUGCAGCGCAAGCUGAGCAACCCGUUCAAGUCCCUGGGGGACAUGAUCAAGAGCUCCCUAACGCUCAAGGGGAGGAAGCCGGUGAUCGAGUCGUCGCCGCUGCCGCUGGUCGGCGUCCCCGACGUCAGCCGGGCCGAUCUGCCGAUGCUCGUCAUCGGCAGCACCGAGGACAUGAACAGGCGAACUAGCUAGCUGUGUGGUAAUGCUAGGAGAAAGAGAGCUAGCAGCCGUUUGUUGUGACUGGAGUUUCAUUUGUUUUUUUGUUCAGUUUGUCUAAUCGUCAAUGUUGGAAUUGGAAUUUGGCAGUAUGGCAAGAAUGUCAAAAGAUCGUGCAUC